UCCUUCUAACAACUCCAUUCUAGCAUCUACCGGCAUGGCAGAUAACUCAGCAGCGGAGUUGCUUCUUCAGAAGCUGCGGGAUGGAGAGUGCGGGGGUCUGGACAGCCUGGAGCUGGCGGGGGUCCUGGGGGUGGAUCACCAGCAGGUGGUGGGGGCAGUGAAGAGUCUGCAGUCCCUGGGAGAGAUAAUUGAGGCAGAGCAGAGAACCAGCAAGAAAUGGGAGCUGAGCGCAGAGGGGCAGGAGAUCGCAGAGAGCGGCAGCCACGAGGUCAGGCUGCUCCAGAGCCUGCCCAAGGAGGGCCUUCUGCAGAGCGAGCUGAUGAAACUCCCCAUAGCGAAGGUGGGCUUCAGUAAAGCCAUGUCCAAUCGCUGGAUCCGGCUGGAUAAAGCGGCUGAGGGAGGACCCCGUGUAUACAGAACGGUAGACGCAGUGGAGGACACAGUGAAGGAGAAGCUUCAGCUCGUUCUGCAAGGAAGGUCGGACCACGUGAACGAGAAGGACAAGAGCGAGCUGAAGAAAAGGAAACUUCUUAAUGAGGUGACGAUUAAAACCUACUGGGUGACGAAGGGCAAAGGCUUCAGCACAAGUAUUACAAAGCAGGAGACGGACCUGACCCCCGAAAUGAUCGCCAGUGGUUCUUGGAGAGACAAGACGUUUAAAGCCUAUAAUUUCAACGCCUUGGGAGUGAUGCCGGAGUGUGGGCACCUGCACCCCCUGAUGAAAGUCCGCACACAGUUUAGACAGAUCUUCUUAGAGAUGGGAUUUACAGAGAUGCCGACAAAUAACUUCAUAGAGAGCUCCUUCUGGAACUUUGACGCUCUGUUCCAACCUCAGCAGCACCCGGCCAGAGACCAGCACGACACCUUCUUCCUGCAGGAUCCAGCAAUGGCAUCAGAAUUUCCUAUGGAUUAUCUAGAGCGGGUGAAAAAAGUUCAUUCUGAAGGCGGCUAUGGAUCACAAGGGUAUAAAUAUGAUUGGAGCAUAAAUGAGGCCAAGAAGAAUCUCCUGCGGACACACACCACAGCGGUCAGUGCUCGGAUGCUCUACCAAGUUGCUCAGCAGAAGGAGUUUACGCCGGUGAAAUAUUUCUCCAUUGACCGAGUAUUCAGGAAUGAGACGCUGGACGCCACCCAUCUAGCUGAAUUCCACCAGAUAGAGGGCGUUGUGGCCGACUAUGGACUCACCUUAGGAGAUCUCAUGGGAGUUUUGAAGGAAUUUUUCACUAAACUUGGAAUCACUAAACUGCGUUUCAAGCCAGCAUAUAAUCCGUACACAGAGCCGAGCAUGGAAGUCUUCAGCUAUCACGAAGGUUUAAAGAAAUGGGUCGAAGUUGGGAAUUCUGGAGUUUUCCGGCCAGAAAUGCUUCUUCCCAUGGGUCUUCCAGACGGUGUAUCUGUCAUCGCAUGGGGUCUGUCACUGGAGAGGCCGACGAUGAUAAAGUACGGCAUUAAUAUACGGGAGCUGGUGGGGCAUAAGGUUAACCUGCAGAUGGUCUACGACAGCCCUGUAUGCCGCCUUGACUCAUAAUAGGAGGACCCUUUUGUAUUUUGCUGAUACGUCAUAGAGUAUAUUUAGGUAUCUUCUGGCUCUGUACUUGUAUUGACCACUCGAAGAUGGCAACUGCAGUGCACAUUUAUUACCUUCUGGGGCUGCUGGUAAAAACCCUCUUGGGACUUGUACAGUUGUCCAGAAUUCGUUUUACAUGGUUUGUAUCAGAUUUUUUUAUAAAAGAUAAUGGGAUAAAAUCUCUCUAUAUAUCGCCAUUUUCAAGGAACACUCGAGGAGCAGUGAAUGACACGGAUUCAGAUACCAGGGAUACAAGUCAUGCUUCGCCCCUUCAGGAUAUUCACUAGGCACAACACAGUGUAUCCAAUUUUUUCAGUAGUGUUCCUUCUAAAGGCUAUAGGUAAUUUUUUUUUAAGCAUUCUACUCGUUUUGGGCUAAAAUCAUUUUUGCAAUUGGUCUUUAUUACAUAUUUUCAGCAGUUUUUGUGAUACAGGGGUUCAAUUUCAGUCUAUUUGCAGACUGCCAAGUUCUGUCCCACAGAUGUGUAGACCUGUUAUCUCUGAUUUCCUGACCUCCUAAAACACUCAUUAUAGCUAAAUUGUUAUCAAACUUAGCUUAAGUGAGUGUUGAUGAGGUCAGGAGAUCAGAGAUAAGAGCUGCACAUGAGCUGUCAUUGUCCAGACAAGUAAGGGGCAGUCACACAACUGUAUCUGUUUUGCAGUCUGCAAAAAACAGAUGCGGUCCAUGAGCACCCUGCAGCUGUUGUCAGCCUCAUUGAAAAAAAAUUAUAUUCUUGUCCGCAAAAUGGACAAGGAUAGGACAUGUUCUAUAUUUUGUGGCUCGGCCACACGAAUGUGAACAGACGAAUGGAUAACAUCUGUGUGCUGUCGCCAGUUUUUUCCCCAGCCAUAUAGAAAUAAAUGGGUCGGUGUACGAUCUUCAAAAAAUGCAGUUCGGACUUAGACAGAAAAUACUAUUGUGCAAAUGCACCCUGAACAGAAAGUGGCUGUGAAAUUUAACCCCUGUAUCACAAAAACUGCUGAAAAGACCCAUUGAAAAAAAUAAUAAUAUGACUUUAGCCAAAAAAUUUGUAGAAUGCAUUAAUAAAAAAAAAAAUUGCUCCCGAAGGUGUACAUAGCCUUUAAGAGUCUACGUUGGGAUUGCAGCAUUUUUAGUAUUACUGUUUAUAUCAGACCAGGGGGUGCAGGAUAUUUAUUUUUGGAUGUUUUUAGACAUCAGUGGCUCUGGGCUCUAUAUACGGAGAUGAAUUUGUAAGGACACCUGCUCUGUAACUGUGCAGAUUAUCAUCUUCAAAUGGGAAAUAAUAAAAUUUGUAAUCAUUUGUUCAUU